UUUGGAAGGUUUGGUGGAAAUGCUCUUGUACAAGUCAUUUUGCACAGUAUCAUUUUCCAGCACUGAAAGGACCCAAGAGCGAACUCGCAUAAAACGAAAACCUCUGUGCGUAGGGUUUAGCUUCGAUAAUCUCUAGAUAUCGAAGAAAAUUCCAUUGAGGUCUCGCAAAAUCUGCGAUAGAACUACGUGCGUUCUAUAAUUUCGAAUCUCUCAGUCAUCAUGGCUCGUGAUCCAAACAAUGCGGUGAUAGUCCCGAAGAAGAAGAAUGAGAUGAAGGACGAAGAUCUUUCAGAGGAGGAUUUGGCUUUGAAGAAGCAAUUGGAGUUGUAUGUGGAGAGGAUUCAGGACUCCGAUGCAGAUUUACAGGAGGCUGCCCUUCAGAGUAUGAGGCAGGAGAUACUGACCUCAACCAGCUCUAUGACUUCAGUUCCAAAGCCAUUAAAGUUUUUGCGUCCUCAUUACGGAACUCUAAAAGCAUACUAUGAUACAAUGGCAGAUUCGGAUCUGAAGUAUUUACUAGCAGAUGUACUUUCAGUUUUGGCCAUGACCAUGUCUGCGGAAGGAGAACGGGAGAGCUUAAAGUACAGGUUGUUGGGCUCUGAAGGUGAUACAGUUUCAUGGGGCCAUGAAUAUGUGAGGAACUUAGCUGGAGAAAUAGUAGAAGAGUAUAUGAAGCGACAGAGUGAAGACUUGUCUGUUGAUGAUCUAAUGGAGCUUGUAGAACAAAUUGUUGCUUUUCUCAUGGAGCACAAUGCGGAAUUUGAGGCUGUAGAUCUUCUGAUGCAGGUUGAAGACCUUUAUUUGGUACUGGAGCUCGUGGACAGUACAAACUAUAAAAGGACAUGCCUGUACCUCAUCAGUGCAGCUAGAUACAUUCCUGAUCCAGAUGAUUUGCCAGUUCUACUUGUGUUUGCGAUUUAUCUAAAAUUUGAAGAGUACCCAAGUGCACUUCAGAUUGCUCUAUUCCUUGACAACUUGCAGUAUGUGCAUCAGAUUUUUACAGCUUGUGAUGAUCUUCUAUUAAAGAAGCAAUUUUGUUACAUUCUUGGUCAACAUCGUAUAACUUUUGUUCUCGAUGAAGAGAUGUCUGGAGAUGAUGAAUGCAGGGAGAUAUUGCAAGGAAUUACCAACAAUGGCAAGUUAAGUGAAGGUUAUCUUAUGCUUGCUCGUGAUAUAGAGGUCAUGGAGCCCAAAUCUCCCGAGGAUAUUUAUAAGGCACAUUUGCUCCAUGGCCGGGCUAGUGCUGGUGCAAGUGUUAAUUCAGCCAGCCAGAACUUGGCAGCUACAUUUGUUAAUGCAUUCGUGAAUGCUGGCUUUGGUCAGGACAAGUUAAUGACAGUUCCAUCUGAAGCUUCAAGUGGUGGUUCUUCUGGAAACUGGGUCUUUAAGAAUAAAGCACAUGGAAAAGCCAGUGCUGCAGCAAGUCUGGGUAUGAUUCUGCUCUGGGAUGUUGAUUCUGGACUUGCCCAAAUUGAUAAGUAUUUCCACAGUGAUGACAAGAAUGUCAUUGCUGGUGCAUUGUUAGGAGUUGGUAUCUUGACUUGCGGUGUCGAGCAUGAAUGUGAUCCCGCAUUGCGAAUUCUUGCUGAUUAUGUAGAUAAAGAAGAUUCUUCUAUCAAAAUUGGUGCAAUAAUGGGUCUGGGCCUUGCUUAUGCUGGUGCCCAAUGUCCGCAAAUCCGUAGUAAAUUGUCUUGUGUCCUUGAAGAUAAGAAAAUGCCUCUGGAUGUGAUUGUAUUUACUGCAAUUUCAUUGGGUUUGGUGUAUGUUGGUUCCUGUGAUGAAGAUGUUUCUCAGACAAUUAUAUCUGCAUUAAAACACCGAAGUGUGUCUGAAUUGGGGCAGCCCCUCACUCGUCUUUUGCCUCUUGGACUUGGCCUUCUAUAUCUUGGGAAGCAGGAAGGUGUUGAGGCAACUGCAGAGAUUUCAAAAACAUUAAAUACAAAAAUUAGGAAACAUUGUUACAUGACCCUAUUUUCCUGUGCUUAUGCUGGGACUGGGGAUGUGCUCAAGGUCCAAUACCUUCUGGGUCAGUGUGCCCAACAUCUUAAGAGGGGAGAAACCCACCAGGGACCGGCUGUACUUGGAAUUGCUAUGGUAGCAAUGGCUGAAGAAUUGGGUCUUGAAAUGGCUAUUCGCUCUUUAGAGCAUCUUUUACGGUAUGGAGAGCAGAAUAUCCGAAAGGCUGUUCCUUUGGCUCUUGGUCUCCUCUGUAUAUCAAACCCUAAGGUAAAUGUUAUGGACACAUUAAGCAGAAUUAGUCACGAUACAGAUAUAGAAGUAGCAAUGGCUGCCGUCAUCUCCUUAGGUUUGAUUGGUUCCGGGACCAACAACGCUAGAAUAGCUGGCAUGCUUCACAAUCUUUCGAGUUAUUACUACAAAGAACCUAGGCUUCUCUUCUGUGUACGAAUUGCUCAAGGUCUUGUGCAUUUGGGGAAAGGCUUGUUGACUCUUGCUCCAUAUCAUUUUGAGCACUUCUUGCUAUCCUCGUAAGUGUUUCUUCUUGUGAGAGAUGACAG